GCAAAUCCAAGUAAAGUCGUCAGGCUGUGGAGCAUCCCAAGUCUUGGAAGACGUAGGCCGAUGGAGUCGUGAAGAUGCUGAUACUCCAUCCCCAUCGUCUCUUUGGUCUUGCCUUUUUUCUUUUGUUUUUCUCUCUCCAAUCCACUCGAUUAAUUUUACUUUUCUAUUCUAAGAAUACUCUUUACUCCCUUUCCUAUCCUUUUCCUUGGUUCGCCCACGUCUGUUCACUGCCGUCGGCCAUCCAUAUCUACUUGGUAUACAAGCAUCUGAUAUCGCCGGUAUUGAAUCCUAGAACGUAUCAUUUUUCACUUUUUAUUUCGCGAUUUUUUUCUAUUAGUCUGAAACUUGUCGUAUUCCAGCUUAUCCCACUCCCCAUGACCUUCGCUGCCUAUACUGAAGCUUCAAAUGACCGUCUCCCUCGGCUGAAAAGGAUCAUCAAACCGAGACGAGUCAUGAUUUUCAGGGGCGCGCAAUGGAUCCUUAACAAACAGAUUUUUUGUUUUCGUAGUCCGGAGAAAAAUGCCACACAUACACAUACGACGAAGAGUUACAUUCAGCCAAACUCGUAUUGAGGCCGAAUUGCUCAUCCAAGAAGCGAGAUCGGAUCGACAGGUACUCAAAUGCCGGAAUCCCAAAGUAAUAUCAAGUAUCACGACAUUCUCCACGCGGCUUGCGUGAUUGCUUCCUCCCUUUAGGUUUAGUCACUCUUGGCACCCCCAUAUGGCAGGGCGGAUCAGGUGAUCUGCACGGCCCUAAAGCUGC